AUGGAGGUAACGCAGCGGUGGUUAACCCUCCAUGAGACUCUGCGGACGCUUGCUGCUCAGACAUCCUUUAAAGAUGAUUUUUAUUCUUAUCUAGAUGGCACUGGUUGGCAGACUCGAAUGCUACGUCAACUAGAGCCACUUCACUGGGUAGCGUAUCAUCUUGAUCCAGCAAGAGUUCCUGGCAAACUUGAUGAGAGCGCACGACGCCAAUUGAAGGUGCUUUACGACCACUUCAAAGCGAAGAUGGAAGAUCUACUGCAUGGCAUGAAUUUCUGGCAUUCCGGCAAAGAACAGAUGAAUCUGCAGCAUACAAAGAUCCGGAAUCGGCUUGAAUCUCACCGAGUUGAGAAGCUACUUUAUAUACAGAUUAACAAACGACAAUUUCGUGCAGACUCGCCACCUACCGUUACCCAAGAGAUGCUUCUUGAGGAGGAAGAUCAGGAGAUAGAAAGAAUACUGCAGCCUCUGGUUAUAGGUCUUCUGGCCACUUUAGUAUCGUCUGCGACCGCCACGGCUCUGACAUACAGACUCGGGGCCAACGAGAAGGCUUGCUUUUAUACCUAUAUUAGCGAGCUGAACACUAAGGUUGCCUUCUAUUUUGCCGUUCAAUCCGGCGGUUCUUUCGAUGUGGAUUACUCCGUUGUCGGCCCAGGUGAUAAGGUGAUUCUAGAUGGAACCAAGGAGCGACAGGGCGACUUUGUUUUUACGGCUCAAAGUAUCGGGGAAUACCGAUUCUGUUUCAACAAUGAAAUGUCGACUUUUGCGGAGAAAAUGGUAGAUUUUGAGAUUGCGAUUGAGAACGAGGAACGAGCGCAACUCCCUUCGAGGCAGGGAGCCAGCCCGGAACAGGCGUCUGCACUUGAAGAGUCCAUCUUCAAGCUCUCCGCUCAGCUCUCAACUAUUUCUCGCAAUCAGAAAUACUUCCGGACCCGCGAGAACCGCAACUUCAGCACUGUUCGUAGCACUGAGCGUCGGAUUUUCAACUUCAGUGUAAUUGAAGGGUUAAUGAUGGUGUCGAUGGCCGGCUUGCAAGUCUUUGUUGUACGAUUCUUCUUCCAGGGUGCAAGGAAAGGUUACGUGUGA